UAGAAGUUAUGGCAUUUAAGUUUUUUUCUCUUUACAUUUCUAUCUUGUGCUUGUGCUUGUGUUUGUCCUAUCUCAACCAGGCCAUUUCCUUGCAAAAUGAGACUGAUAGACUUGCUUUGAUAUCUUUUAAAAAUUCAAUACAACAAGACCCGUUUCAGGUUCUGAGUUCUUGGAAUCAUUCUUUACAUUUUUGCAAUUGGUAUGGCAUUUCAUGCAGUCUCCGACAUCGUAACAGAGUCAUAGCCUUGGACCUGAGCUCUCAAAGCUUGGUAGGAUCGUUAUCACCUCAUAUUGGAAAUCUCUCCUUUCUCAGGCGCAUUAAUUUACAGAACAACAGCUUCCAUGGCCAAAUCCCAGAAGAGAUAGGUAAUCUCCGCCGCAUACAAGAUAUUGAACUAGCCAAUAACUCAUUCCAAGGUAAUAUACCAUCCAACUUAUCCCGCUGUUCAAAUCUUCUGCAACUUCGUCUCUUUAAUAACAAGCUGGUUGGGAGAAUACCUAUGGAGCUUGGCUCUUUACCAAAGCUUGAAUUGCUAGUCUUGGCAAAAAAUAACCUAACUGGAAAUAUUCCUCCGUCUAUCGGAAAUCUCUCAUCUAUAUGGCUACUCUCUCUUGGUAGAAAUGGAUUUCAAGGACAGAUUCCAAAGGAAAUCUCUCUGCUUAAGAACUUGCAAUCCUUUCUAUUUCAAGAAAAUAAUCUUAUUGGUGACAUUCCUUCUGGCAUCUUCAACAUUUCUAAACUUGAAUAUUGUCAUGGAAACAAAAACAAGCUGAAUGGCAGCAUUCCCUCUGAUUUAGGGCUCACUCUUCCAAAGCUUAAACACUUAGUACUUCAAGACAACAGAUUUACUGGAGCCAUCCCAAUUUCAUUGUCAAAUGCGUCUAUGCUUGAACAAAUUGAUUUUGUAGCCAACAAAUUUUCUGGUUUUGUUCCCAAACAACUUGGAGUGCUGCCACAUCUUCGAUAUGUAGGCUUUUCUAAUAAUCAGCUGCAAGGUGACUUAAGUUUCAUUGAUUCUCUGACUAACUGCUCCAAUUUAAAAUAUUUAGAAUUCAGUUCAAAUUUUUUCAAAGGGACCGUGCCCAAUUCCAUAGCCAAUCUCUCUAAAGACUUGGAAAUGCUGUCAGUGCGAGAAAAUCAGUUACAUAAUGUCAUUCCCUUGGGUGUUGAGAACCUUAUCAAUCUGAGGUUCUUUUUGUUUGGUGCUAAUUACUUUUCUGGUCCUUUACUUAUUGAUUUUGGGAAAUUUCAACGACUACAUAUGUUGGAUUUGGGUGGCAACAAAUUAACAGGAACAAUUCCAUAUUCAAUUGGUAAUUUAUCUUUCUUGACAUUUCUAGAUUUGAGUUUCAACAAUCUCCAUGGGAGCAUACCUUCUAGUCUUGGCAGUUGUCAUAACUUGAACUUUCUGGCUCUCUCUCAAAACAAUCUCAGUGGUCCAAUACCCAGUCAGCUUAUCACUCUGUCCUCCCUUUCAAUUGUCCUCGAUUUAUCUGGUAAUAAACUUACGGGUCCUGUUCCUUCCAAAAUUUUUACGUUGAACAAUCUUGCCCAGUUGGAUUUAUCUAACAAUAAAUUAUCUGGCAUGAUUCCAAAUAGCAUCGGUAAAUAUUUGAGUUUGGAACAACUUUACCUGCAGGAAAAUUCAUUUGGUGGGAACAUACCUCUAGUUUUAACGUCUUUGACAGGUUUAAGAGAGUUGGAUAUUUCGAGCAAUAAUUUAUCGGGCCAAAUUCCAGAUUCUUUUGCUAACCUUCACGGGCUAAACUAUUUCAAUUUGUCUUUUAACCAGCUGAAAGGGGAGGUUCCAAAGCAUGGAAUCUUUCUAAAUGCAAGUGUUGUUUCACUUCAAGGAAAUGUUGGUCUUUGUGGAGGUAUUCCUGAAUUAAAGCUUCCACCUUGCGCCUUUCAAACUUCAAACAAGAAUAACCGCUCCUUUCCACUAAAAGUAAUAAUUUCGGUGGUUUUUGCUGUGAUAUUUUUUUCUCUAUUGAUAUGUUUCUGGUAUAGAAAAAAAUUCACCAGUAAGAAUAUUUCCAUGCCGUCCUUCAGCCACAAAUUUUUGAGAAUAUCCUAUGCAGAGCUCUUCAAAGCUACAAAUGGGUUCUCUGUAGCCAACAUAAUUGGUGUUGGUAGCUAUGGCUCUGUUUAUAAGGGAUUUCUUGAGCAAUCAAGAAUCCAAGUGGCAGUGAAAGUGCUAAACUUGCAACAAAGAGGAGCUUCAAAUAGUUUCCUUUCUGAAUGUCAAGCUCUUAGAGCCACCAGGCACCGAAACCUUUUGAAGCUAUUGAGUGUCUGCUCUAGCAUAGAUUCUGAAGGCAAUGAUUUCAAAGCUUUGAUAUAUGAAUUCAUGGAAAAUGGGAGUUUGGAAAAAUGGUUGCAUGCUCAAAGUGUUGGAGAAGAUGGACAAGAAAGAGAAUCAAGAAACCUGAAACUGAUAGACAGAUUGAACAUUGCAAUUGAUAUUGCUACUGCAAUCGAAUAUCUUCACACCGGUAGCUCCACAAUAGUGAUACAUGGUGAUUUAAAGCCAAGUAAUGUUCUUUUGGAUGAAAAUAUGACUGCCCAUAUUGGAGAUUUUGGAUUGGCUAAGAUUGUGUCAACAAUUUAUGGCGAUACUAUGAAUCCAAGCACUUCUCUAGCAAUCAAAGGGUCUAUUGGCUAUGUUGCUCCAGAGUAUGGAAUGGGUGAGCCAGUUUCUAAAAAAGGAGAUGUUUAUAGUUAUGGUAUUCUAUUGCUGGAGAUGUUUACAGGAAAGAGACCAACUGAUGAUUUUUUCAAAGAUGAUCUAAACCUUCAUACCUUUGUUGAGAGAUCUUUACCUUAUGAAGUAACAAACAUUAUAGAUCGAAACAUCAUAUUGGUUGAAGAUGGUGGAGAGAGCUUCAAGGACGCUAUCCUCUUUGUACUAAGAAUUGGAGUUGCAUGCACGAUGGAACAGCCAGGGGAAAGGAUGGAAAUGCAAGAUGUGAUAAAUGAAUUGCAAAAGGUCAAGAGCUCUUAUCUAAAGGGAUUGCUGGUGCAAAACCCAAGAAAUGCCUAUCAAUUUGGAGGUCCGAGCUCCUCUCACAUAUAGUGUCUUUUAUCUUCAUAAAUUUCCAUGGCUAAAUGUUCGUUUUUGGUAACAAACGUGGGAAGCAAUUCAAUGGAUAUGUGCUUGAAUUUCGUACUUCGUUUUGUUUAGGGCGUUUACUUAUAUAAUUGUUGGCUAGAUUCUCAAAUAUUAUUGUAACUUGGAACGACUAGAUUUGCCUAGAACCGAUCUAUUGAUAUGAUUAAGAUUGUCAUUCGAAACUAGUCAAAGAUAUUUUGUAUUAAUUCUAUCCUAAAAUCUAGCUGAUUUAAUAUCUGGUUUGUGGUAUUCCAGAUUUUAGGGAAUUAUGUUUUGUAAAAGCUGGAGUUAGUAAAAGCUAGGUAUUGACUCUUUGAAAUGCUUUGAUAUAAAAGCUUUAUUUUGUAACUAGGGAAUAUGAAUGUAGAGAAAUCU